UUCCAAAUGCUGUCGGUUUGCCAAUGACAACAUUACUGACGUGACGAUGUGACGUUUGUUGGGUACGUGGUAACAUAUCUCUCAUUAUCACGUGUACGAUGAUAGUAUAACGUCAUUUGUGUAAGUUCAAUCCCAUAACUUCCAAAAAUGAACAACCCAAGCAUCAGCGAAACUCCGGCCUCGGUAGAAAUGAGAGGGAGAGAACACUCAGACAAGACUCACAUCCUUACCUCGAGUGUGAGUCUUCGAGAUAUGAGGCUGAGUAAAAUAAUAGUGUGUGUCGUCUUGGUGAGUAUCCUGGUGGGUGUGGAGGCUGCCAGUGUGCCGUCCUUCCACCCAAGUUCUUCCGGAGGAGGUCUACAGUCUAGUUAUUCAGAUAGCAGUAGCAGUGUUGUGAAGAGAGACGAUGCUGCAUCUGACACUCAGCCCAUACAGGAUGCCAAAGUCAAGACAGAAAAUACGAGUUCCAGCGUUUUGAAGGAGGCAGUUUUGAAGGAGGCAGCAACUCCGAAGAGUGUGAGUGCACAGGCCAGUGAGCCAGAGAAAAAGAGCCAAGCAGCUGGGUCAGAGGAGGCAUCCUCAGAGGAAAAGGACACCCCGGAAGUCCCGGAGGUCACUGAGAGCAAGAGUGACAAGGUGGACAAACCGGAGUUAGGCGAUGAAAAUGAAGAAGAUGCCAGUACUGGUAAUGAUAUAGAUGAAGCACACCUUCCCAUGGCCGGUUUAAAGGGACUUUCAUACGAUGCAAUCCUCCGAGGCUUUUAUGUGUUUGUUGGAAUUGGAGCCAUAGUACUGCUUUAUAUUGUUAUAAAGCUUGUUCGGCUCCGUCGCAGAAGGGCCACCCGAAAAUAUCGUGUAUUGCCCCAGCAUUCUGAUGACCAGGAGAUGUUUCCCUUGGCUGCAGAUGACGGUGAUGAUGAAGAGAUAUAUAAUGCUGCUGAUCACCAGACUGUGAAGUAAAAUGUCUAAUGAUAUGACCUGUAUAAGAUACGUUUAUUCCAAAGAUAUGGAUAAUUUCCAGAAAUAAGAUGUUACUUUGAAAACUGUGGAACUAAAGAAUAUGGUUUAAAGUUUCAUUUUACAGUGUGCAGUUUGUGCUUAGAAGCAGGAAUAUCCUUUGAUUUCCUUGGAUAAGUGAUUAUUCCCAAAGUACACUUAGUUUUCUUGAUUUUAUAAUUUCCUAUUUGAUCUUAGUGUUGCCUUGGGGAAUGUUAGGGAAUGUUGUCAAUAUAAUAAUAUUUAAUUGUUAAUUUAUUUCAUUUUUUGUUUAUCUCAUGCACAUAUGUGUGGUUUUGUAAAUGCACCUCUGUUUGACUUUGUAUAUGUGAAGUUAUCCACACAUACCAGUGUUUCCUUCUCUCUCCUGUCCCUUUUUUCUUUUCUUUUCUUUUCUUUUUUUUUCAUUUUUUAGUAUUGUCAGGAUGUUGUGAUUGUGAGUUGAUAUUGUGCGCAAGACAUUAAUCAGAUCAAGACAAUAAAUUAUAUAUCGUCCCAAACUGUAGGUUCUUAAGAAUGAAAGAGGCCAACUGCUGGGUUUUAUUUUUAUUUUCUUAGGUUGAUAGUAGUGUCAGUACUGUUUUAUCUUUGUGUAGCAAUUUUGAGUCAAGGAGAAUAAUUACUAUCAAAAGCAAGGAACUGAAAUAUAAUGUGUAUUAACAGUUAUAAUGCUAUAUUUGAUGCUAAAGCUAUUUAACAACAUAUAUUCUCUGUCUGCCAAACUUAUACUGAUUUAUCAUUAUAACCCUUUGAGUGUGUGUGUUCAGUACAAUGUCAAAAAUGGGUCAAAAGCACUGUACUUCAGAAAAUGCCUUAUAUUGUAUAUGAAUAGAUGUUUCAGUUACUGUAAAUAUUACUUAAGAUGAAAUACACAUGCUUCCAGUUAGUUAUAUUAUUAUUUUGAGGUAUUUUAUGUGAUAAUAGAAUAGACUGACAUCUUGAAUAUGCAUAUAGAUCAGACAUCUUGGAUUAAAAGAUAUAUACUUUGAAGUAGCAUGCUGCUUUUCAUAUUUUUAAUGAUGAUUUUUGAGAAAUGUUAUUUGUAAACAUCAAACUUGAGUAAAUUAUUGCCAGAUA